AUGUGUCAAAUGUGGCAGCGCAUUCGGUAUGGAGUGAGGUGGAGGCCGAACGAACGAUUGGCUCUUGCUAUCCGAGCCGUGGAUCUGAAGUCUGUCAAAUCUGUUAAUAUAUCGCUGGAUCCGUUGCACCAUGAUACCUCGUCUAUAAGGAAGUUCUGGCAUAGCAUUACGAGUCCGAGAGUCAGGUUAACCAAUCCAAAUGUUAAAGUGGCAGCUGAGAUUCGAAACGAUCGUCAACCCCCGUUUUUCAUUGCUACACUUGAAGAUGGAAAGAAGCUUCAUUUCAACACUGAACGUAUGCCUGCCAUGGAUCUCAUUAUGCGAUUCAACAAACUAUUAGGAAAUCCCGAGUUGGGAAAAUCUGGAACUCGGCCUCGACCAAAAUUGUAG